AUGUCUCUUCCUCCUCCUCACCAAGCCAUUGUUGAUGCUCUGAUCAAGGACCUGAAACAAGCUAAACCCGACGACCCUCUCCAGUACUGUGCCAAUUACUUCAAUCGCCAGCUCGAACUCGAGCGGUCCUUAAACAGAGCAGGAAAAUCCACCGCGAACACCAACGGCAAGAUGGCAGAUACCGCUGGCCCGUUCGAUAACCGUAGCCCUUUUGCAGCCAAGAACAGCAUACAAGAGGAGGACGAAGAACGUGACACCUUUGGCUCUCCAACUGAUGCCACUUUCAAAGCUCGUGAUUCUGGUCGGUCUCCCUUUGGGGGUUCUGGCUUUGGUGCUGCAGCUGGAGGCGCAGCCAGCGGCGGCCUAUUUGGCAACUGGUUAGGCAAUCAAGCGUCAGAGGAGACGGAACCACAAGCCCAGUCAUUGCCCAACAACUAUGCCGCAGGCCGCAGAACCUCAGUGUCCGCCGAAUCUAUGCAGCCGGACUCGGAUUCGGGCAGUUGGAAGCCUCCCAAACACCCCAAGACGCCUGAGCAGUACGAGAGACUCCGGCACGCGGUGGCUGGCAACUUUUUGUUCUCCAGUCUCGACGAAGAAUCGUUCAAUCUCGUGCUCGAUGCCUUGAUGGAGAAAACCAUCCCUGCGCCCAACAUCAAAGUCAUUACCCAAGGCGAUGAAGGAGACUACUUCUACGUCAUCGAGUCUGGAGAUUUCGACAUCUACAUCAACCCCAGCGGAGCUGUUGAAGCGGGGCCAGAAGGCAUGGGAAACAAGGUGGCGACAAUUGGACCUGGGGGUAGCUUUGGUGAACUGGCAUUGAUGUACAAUGCUCCUCGAGCCGCGACCGUCGUGAGUUCGUCUAAAGGUGGCUUACUAUGGGCGCUUGAUCGUGUCACCUUCCGACGAAUUCUCAUGAACAAUGCCUUCCAGAAGCGAGAAAUGUACGAGGGGUUCCUCGGCGAGGUGCCUUUACUCUCGUCCCUGAAGCCCUACGAGCGAAGCAAGAUUGCCGAUGCUUUGGAGACAGUCAAAUACGAGCCGGGGCAAAACAUCAUCACCGAGGGAGAACCUGGCGAUGCCUUCUAUCUUCUGGAAUCCGGACAUGCAGUGGCAUACAAGCAUGGCGUGGACCAUCCGGUCAAAGAGUAUGGCCGUGGAGAUUUCUUUGGUGAGCUGGCCUUGCUGGAUGACAAGCCUCGUGCUGCCAGCGUGGUGGCCAAGGACAAUGUCACCGUGGCCAAGCUCGGAAGAGAUGGAUUCAAACGGUUGCUCGGACCUGUGGAGAGUAUCAUGAGACGAGAGGAGUACGAGAACGCAGAGGAGAUGGAUCCUCUAACCCAGCAAAAGACUGUGACAUAG